CAGGAGAUACUUAGCAUAAUAAAUGUAGUCGUUGCCAUGUCAAAAUAUAUUGGUUGUUAGGGUAUAACUGAGUUCGUGCGUGAAAAAAUCGUGUAUAUGCGAAAACCCGAUUGCAAUUUCGCCUGGAAAAAUAGCCGUUGAAAAAACUUUCGUGUCAGGACAACAAAGGAUUCACUGAAGCGAUGGUUAUUUUAUAACGGGACGUGAAUGCAACGCAUGCUCCGUAGAUAAAACACUAGUGACGAUAUAUUCGUAGCGGCGUCGAACGAAAGAAAUUUAAUUCGAUGUGUUGUGCCGAGUUUUCUAAGUGAAAUCGUCAAAUUUUCGCGAUUGAACAUUUGCUUUUCAUAAUGAUUCCAUUCGGAAAGUGAUUUCGGACGUUUGAAAUUUCAAUGUUGCCGCAAACCGAUGCGCUAUCAUGUAAAACCUGUGUGUAAAUAUUCCUCAUAUAUCAAACAUUGCAUGUAGGUUACGUUCGUUGAGGUUCAUACAUUUCUUUCUUAUUUUUAAAAAUGUAUGCUAAAGGAAAAGGGUCUUCCGUGCCGUCCGAUGCUCAAGCAAGAGAAAAGCUAGCAUUGUACGUGUACGAAUAUCUAUUACACGUCGGGGCGCAAAAAGCUGCCCAAACUUUUCUAUCGGAGAUCCGAUGGGAGAAGAAUAUUUCUCUAGGGGAGCCGCCAGGGUUUCUGCAUUCGUGGUGGUGCGUCUUUUGGGAUCUUUAUUGCGCUGCUCCUGAAAGACGAGAAACCUGCGAACAUUCAUCAGAAGCAAAAGCUUUUCACGAUUACGGUUUCGUUAAUUCCGGCUAUGGAGUCAACGGAAUCGCGCACAAUACAGGACCGGCUCCCAGUCCACUGGGACAAAUGCCCCCGACGGAUGGAAUGCCUGGAGGGCCUAUACCGCCCGGAUUUUUCCCAAAUUCGACACUGCGACCCUCGCCUCCCACACACCCUUCGAGUCAACCAUCACCACAUUCGCAGCCCCCUCCACCUCACUCAAACAUUAUGACUUCUCAGCCUUUUAUGAACCCGCGUUAUCCCGCAGGCCCGAGACCGGGCGUCAGGAUGCCCCAAAUCGGCAGCGAUUUUAAUGGACCUCCCGGACAGCCAUUGAUGCCUAACAACAUGGAUCCUACUAGACAAGGUGAUGGCGGAGAAUUUGUAGGUUGGCAAGGUCCGCCCGCUGCAAUGAAUCGAAUGAAUCCGCCGAGAGGGCCUUCGAUGGGGCCCUUGGGACCCGGAACAUACGGCCCGGGAAUUCGGGGGCCUCCACCUAACAGUAGCCUAGGCCCCGGAGGUCCUAUGCCCCCUAUGACAAUGGGCGGACCUGGAGGCAGACCGCAGUGGCAACCCAAUACGUCAACACCAAUGAAUUAUUCGUCUUCAUCUCCCGGCAACUACGGCGGGCCACCUGGAUCAGCAGGGCCUGCUGGUCCAGGUACGCCUAUAAUGCCAAGCCCUCAAGAUUCAAGCAAUUCAGGCGGGGAAAAUAUGUAUACAUUAAUGAAACCAGCUGUGGGUGGUAAUAUGCCGGGUGACUUCCAGAUGGGUGGAGGACCAGAUGCGGGAGGUCCGAUGGGUCCGAUGGGCCCCAAUUCUAUGGGGCCCGUGAUGAAUGGGGACGGAAUGGACGGAAUGAAGAACUCGCCGGCAAACGGAGGCCCGGGAACACCCAGAGAAGAUAGUGGCAGUGGCAUGGGGGACUACAACCUCGGAGGUUUCGGGGGCCCAGGUGAAAAUGACCAAACGGAAUCGGCUGCUAUUUUGAAAAUUAAAGAGAGCAUGCAAGAGGAGGCCAAGAGAUUUGAGAAAGACUCGGAUCACCCUGAGUAUUUCAUGCAAUAACUCGGUCGCCUCGCCUCACCUCGACCUAAGGCUGGUGGACAAGCCUACGCCUACGCCUCUCUUCCUUCUUCCAAACCUAACCUACUAACACGGGCGGUGGUGUGCUGAGCUCAGUCCAACGCUCUCCGAUGCCCCACGACGACUUCUAGUCAUCACUGUUCUGUUCUAUUUGCAGAUAUUCCUGUAACGCUCGUCUACGACCCGGAGUACAGGAAGAAAGAUCAAGUUCCUCAACUCCCAACUACCCACUCAAAAGUCCACCAGCCUAGGUAAGGUCGGACCUAAAUUGGCGCUCGCGUUUCUCCACCACUACUCUCAUUAUAGGCUAAUCGGGGAUGUUAAAUUCGCUACUUAACUUUACCUUCGGUCGUGUGUCGUUUAACAUCUCUAACGAACUGGAUUUUUUUCAACUAGGACCUAAAUAACAAAUAGUUUGUUACAUGUAUAAAGUUGAACAUACGAACUUUAUUUUGUUGUAAAUAUAUUUAGGCAAAUUAUCCGAAAAAAAAUCCAGCAUAUCCGGAAAAAACUAUUAUGACUGUAGUACUUUACUUUCUAUAUUAUCACGUGUCACUCUUUGUGAAGUGGAUCGCAGUAUUUUUAGGAAAAUAUAUAUUUGUCGCACAAAAAAACGCGUAUGGUUUCCGUCACCAUAUAGCACAAACGAAACGAUGCCCUCCUCCCCGCGCCCCCCC